UUCUUAUCCUUUGUGUCUUUUUAUGUGAUUUCAUUCAAUGAAAACUUUGACUCAUAUUCUAAGUAAAAAUAAUAAUUCCCUGCUCGAAAGUAUGUUUUGCUGAUUUCUAUGAAUAAAUAACUCAAUAUAUUGCAGAAGUAUUGGUUAGUUAAACAUGCAUUGUUUGCUUACAUCAGCUGACUGUAUCAACAUAUGUACAUUCUCUUUCAAUACCUUCAGCAAUUUAUCGUCUCAAGUUUUAUUUCAUUAACUUCACAACAUGAAAAUUUUCAAUUAAACAUUUUAUGAAAUCCAAUUUGAAACUAGUCGAUUGUGAGCACAUUAUCAUGGGGGUAUAUUGUUAACUAGUCACCAACUUGAACGAAACAUCUCUGUCAGUCAGUAAUUUCUAGUCUUUUAACUAAUGUUAAUUAAUGUUGAAAAUUAUUUGUCAUCUCAACAUCUCUACACAAUCAACCAUCUUAUUAAUAAUUAAUAAAUGCUCUCCAAAACUAAUAUAAAUUUUAUAUUCAAUACCUGUUUGAUAAAUGGUGUUUAUUCUCAUUUUUUAAACCAUCUUUAAAUAGUUGUCAUGAUAAUGAUGAUUAUCGUCUAAAUAAUAAAUGUAUUGUUGUUUUUCUUCUAACAUAAUACUUUCUUUCUUUUUAGGUCAAACGUUCAACUACAUCUCUUCAACAUUUAGACAAAUGUUUAAAUAAAUCAAUGAAUGGUUAUUUGCGUAAUAGUAACAUGAACUUGGAUAAACCAAGAAACGGAACAUCUUUAUGCCGACCAUUGAAAAUACCUAUAACUACCAAUUCAUCUAGUCAGCGUAGUCGUCAUCAACUCACUGGUAAUAGUAAUGGAAUAAUUGUACCACGUUCUUCUGGUGCUAACGUUCCGCCACCAUUGCCACCUAAGAAAUUGUCACUGAAGGUUCAACCACCAUUAUUAUUGAACUCCAAUUCUUUAAAAUCUGUUUCAUCUGAAUCCAAUCCUAACUUAUUGAUGACAAAAUCUACAACAACAGACAGUAAACAACUAUCUCUAUGUGUGAACGCAGAGCUAAACGAUUUCAAAGUUUAAAUGAUAAAAGCCUACAAAUAAAUCCAAUCAAAAUGACUCUUCCAUUAAAACUCACACAAAACAAUAAGAGUGUACAAUCUGGACAAACAGACACCCACAAAAAACAAACAUCUCAUGAGUCGAUAUCACGAAUUAUAGAUGGUCUAUCACUUGAGUAUCAAAAAUCAAAUUGUUCCACACUAUCACAAUCAGUUUCAGAUAUUCACACUCGAUCUGGAUCGUAUUAUUCUAUCGCAGAAACAAAAACGAAUCCUUUAAAUGUACCAAUAAAAAAUUCAAUUUCAGAAUUAUUAUCGGCGAAAGAGUUGUCUUUAGAUGUUCAAAAUACUGACAGUAAUAAUGGCAAUAGUGGUGAACAUAGACUACGUGUUCGAUUAAAAUAUGGGACAACUUCCCCACAAAGAAGAAGUAAAUCAACUACUGUGCCAAAUUUAACAUUACAUCGUGCUCAUACUAUGUCUGAUUAUCAGCUUCCACGUAAUAAUUUAUACAGAACAAAAUCAAUGAAUGUACCAACGACUAAUUUUGCACCAAUAGCUUUCAUGGAAUCACAUCCAGUAGAACUACGUUGAUUAGUAUUUCACAUAGAAGAACAACAAAGACAAAAGGAAUACACAAUAAGAUCUCUGAAUAUUAUUUGUUAGUAUUAGUUUUGAUUAUCGUCAAAAACGUUUUACUCCCACACAAAUUUAGGCUUGCUGAUGAGAAAAUAGCCAAAAAGGCAACUGAAGAUGGAAACUAUCACAAAUGUUAAGUAAUAUAUUUAUCUUUAUCUAUACUAUUUUAAUAUGUUAUUUGUUGUUGUACACUACUCAUAUAAUUAGUACCGCUGUGAUAUUUUUACAAAAUCUUAAUGAUAAUAAUGAUGUCACUGUCAAUUGUUGAUUAAUUUAACACUUACCUACUCCCUUAUUCUUUUGUACAUAAGCAUAUUAACAUAUAUAUACCUCUGCAGAUAUAUAUAUAUAUAUAUUACUGAUAGCAAUGAGCAUAAAUCACGACAAAUUAUUGACUAUUUAUUAAAAUAUGCACCAUUCUGAUUUGAUCUUUGUGAACAUUACACAGAAACAAAACAUCACAGUGAGAAAUAGAAUUCAAAUACUUCCUCUUUCUUUUUUUCGACAAAGAGUCUAUUACAAUUCAUUUACAUAGAAAAUCACUCGGAGUUUUUCUUAGUAGUUUUUCAAUUUCUUUUUCUCAUUUAGACAAAUGACUUGGCUUAUUCUAUUUUUAUUUGGAAUGAACAUAUAACGAUUGAAAUUUACAUUAAUAUCCCUAUAUUUAGAUGGAUUAACUGUACAUGGCUGUUACUUGUUGCUUUAUUUCCUCUUUAAUUAAUGGAAAGUAACGCAAAUACAAUAUAGCCAAUAAAUGUUGAAUGUGGAGAAUAUUUUCUUUAUCAAUGUGUUCUAUUUUCUUUUUUAUUCCUUUAACGAUGGGUAGUUACGGAAUAAUUUGGUUUGUUUUAG